AUGCUCAGAGGAUCACCACCCUGUGUUGAGCAUGCCUCGAAGCCGCGCACGACAAACUUGGAUCGAAUUUCGAAGACCAUCAAGGAAUUGUUGGAAAGAAGAAGGGCUUUGAGGCUUGAUCCGAAUGCAUCGCACAUUGAGCGGGAUCUCCGCGAACAUAAUAUUCCGCUAGCAGCCUGGCUAAGCGAAGACGGGACUCGCACUUCUUCUCGUCCUGAGAUGGAAAUCACGGAGAGGUUCUACUCGAACCUUUUCCGUUCAUCAACUCCUGUGUCAAGCCCAAUCAUCCCCACUGAGGGAGCUCCACCACGGAUUCUCCCUUCGGAAAAAGAAAGGAUCUCAGACCAGUGGAAGACCUCGCAAAUCGUUCUUAUCCAUAAGAAAGGUGACCGGGAGGACCUUCGGAACUACCGUCCGAUAUGCUUGUUGAGUGUUAUGCAGGGGUUCAGCUGCUUGGACCACAUCCAGACUGUGUCAAGGGUCAUAGAGGCUUGCCGGGAAUACCGCUUGCCCCUUGUUCUAACCUUCGUCGACUAUGAGAAAGCCUUCGACAGCGUAGAAACGAAUACAAUACUGUCAGCGCUGGUCGAUCAAGGUGUGGACGCUUCGAAGUACGCCUACUGCGAGGACGGAGGAGUACAACUUGAAGGCUCCCAAAUCGUGGAAACUUCGUCAUACGUAUACCUCGGACGUUCUAUGAACAUAGACUUGAACUUGAAGGAAGAAUUGAAUAGAAGAAUGAGAGCAGCAUGGGCAGCAUUCGCACCCGUCAGGGAGGCUACGGACCAUCUAACGGACCAAGAUCUUCGUGCCCAUCUGUUCGACUCGACAGUUCUUCCAGCGCUCUGUUACGCAGCGGAGACUUUGCGCACACAACACCUAGCCGGUCUUCGCAGCUCCGACUUAAGAGGAAUGUCUCGUCUUCGCGACCCAGCGGAAUAUGUAUCGAAAGCAAAACAUAGGUGGGCCAGUCACAUCAUGAGAAGAAUCGACGAUAGAAGAGCUAAAAGAACGCUAGAAUGGAUCCCAAGAGAUGCUAAACGCCCUAGAGGAAGACCGCCAACGAAAUGGGGUGACGUGUUCGUUACACGGAUGGACCAGCUGAGAGCUCAGCUGGAUACGGCUCAAGAACCUCGUCAACGUCACUCACGAAACUUGAGAACAUCUUGGAUGAGAAUGGCAAAAUGA